AUGAAUACGUUUAACCAGACCAAUACCGAAACAUUCUGCGGACCAAACAGUUUGCUAAGUGAUGCACAAUUUGUCGGAUUGGCCAAAAUAUACAAGACGCACCCAUGUCUCUGGAAUGAAAAUGAGAUAGCAUAUAGAUUUGCUAACAGACGUCGAGAAGCCCUGGAAUAUAUACUUCAGAAAUUCAAUACAAAAUUUGAAUUAAACUUAACUAAACGUGAGUUGGAGAAUGAGAUUUCGCGACUGCGGAAAAUAUGUUCAUACGAAAAGACCAAAAAAAUAGCAUGUAAACGAAACAAAAGUAUUUAUAAACCUAAAUUCGCAUAUUACCAGCACUUAGCUUUUGCUGAGAUCGAUGUUCGUCCUUUUGAAUGCUCGAUUUGUGGGAAUUUACUUCGUAGCUUAAGUCAGUAUACCAUACAUUUGGCAUCCCAUGAUGGAUCGCUACCAUUUAAAUGCAUUGUUUGCGGGCAUGGAUUCCAGUUGGCAACUAAUUUAACGGUACAUUUACGAAGACACGUUCAAGACUACAACUACAGCUGUGAGGUAUGCAACAAGUCUAUUGCAACCACAAGUGAGUUAAAAAGCCAUAUGCGUAUUCACACUGGCGAAAAGCCGUAUGUUUGCGAUAUUUGCGGCAAGAGUUUCCGAAUGCUAAACGAAUUUAAAGAGCAUUUGCUGCGACACGAACAACGCAAAAUUCACCAGUGUUCAAUUUGCCCAAAGGCCUUUUAUAAUAGAAAUAAGCUUAGGGACCAUAUGGCCUCAGUUCAUGUAAAAGUGCGGAACAAAAUAUGCAAUGUGUGCGAUAAAGGAUUUACGACUCAGAGACAACUUCGUCAACACCAACACAUUCAUGAUGCAGAAAAAAAAUUUGAAUGUAGGAUUUGUGGAAAACGUUUUUCACAACCCGCUGGACUAAGUGGGCAUUUAAAAUCGCAUGGAGCAUCGUUAUCUGCUAAUAUUGAGUACUAAUUUUUAAUAACUUUAUAUUUUAUUUGUACUUUGCUGUAAACCCAAAAUACACAAAUAUUUUUCUUGUCACAUAGUACAUAAAUUAUUUUGAUUUCGCCCAGUAUUAAAUUGUACAAAUGAAGAGUGGAAAGGGCAAAAGGACAAAGUUACCUACUGCGAGCGUUAGAAAGAAGUAAAAAGGUUUU